AUGAGCGCCUGUUUCACGCCAAAGAUUAGGCAGGUUGAAUGUGUGGAUUCGUCGGGGUAUACUGAUUUUGUGCAUGUCUUCAAAACUCAACUCUAUCAGAAGAGGGUGCCUUUGGUUAUUAAGUCCUUAAAUAUUGGAAGCUGUGUUGAAAACUGGAGUUGGAAAUAUUUGAAAGAGAAAUGGCCUGACAAGGUAGUGAAACUUCAUGUCAGCACAUCUGAGCAACUCAAUUUCAUUGCAAAAAAUUUCUCCUACCAGUCAAUGCCAUUUAGCGAAUUUAUAGACAAUCUUGAAAAACAAGAUUCUGGCGAUUGUUCUCGUAUAGAAAAAUAUUACCUAAGAAGUCUUGGUAACGAUCCUCGAAAGGAUGUGUGUGACAUAUACAAACACUUCCCUGAGUUAUCAGACGACAUAAAUUUUCCAGAUAUGUUUGAGAAGGAGCAAAUUUAUUCGAGCGUGUUCAGGAUUGCAUCGAAAGGUGUUCAACUCUGGACCCACUAUGAUGUUGGUGAAGUUGGAGUACGUUGUUUAUUUGUGACGCAAAAUCGCAAAAUUCAAUCAAAAAUCGAAAUAGCCUACAUCUCUCACACUCCAGACAGCUAUGACCGAGUUUACUCAGUCAGUGCACCAGUAUCACGUGACGGUCACAAUCAGUCAAUUAUGGACAACAUAUUAGUGCAAGUGAAAGGUAGGAAGAGGAUCACGUUGUUCUCCCCAGAAGAUGUAGAUCACUUGUACUUAAACGGCGACAAAUCAGAAGUGAUUGACAUUGAGAAUGCAGACUUGAAGAGGCACCCCCUAUUUGCAGAGGUCGUUCACCACCAAUGCCAUCUGGAUGGUGGAGAUGUUCUCUUCAUUCCUGCUCUGUGGUUUCAUAACGUGAUAAAUGAAACCUCAACAAUCUCGGUCAACAUUUUCUGGCGCCACCUGCCAGCAGAAUUUUACGACUCCUCAGAUGUUUACGGCAACAAAGACCUUCUGAUCGCCAAUUCGGCUGAGAGUAUCGUGGACAGGGUCAUUAAAAAAAUCAACACCCUGCCACCAAUCUAUAAAGAGUUCUACACGAGAAGAUUUGUCAACAAAAUAAAGGACAAGUGUCUAUGAUUAUGACUUUUUUCUGUUUUAAAUUAGUAAAAAUAAAUUGUAAAAAUAAAAUAAAUUCUAUUAAUGAAAAUAUUGAUGUAAAAUAAUGUGGGUGGAUGUUGUUUUUGAUUGGAUCAGAUGUAUACCAA